UCAUUAAUAACAAUGUUUACUAUCUAAUUUUCACAAAAAAAUAAUGUUUUCUUGUGAUUAUGACAUCCACUAUCUUGUUAUCAUGAGAAAAAAAUGUUCUUGUGACAACAACCUCUAAGAUGUCAGUGUCACUAGACAAAAACUUGUUUUCUUAAGAUAAUGACAUCUACUAUCUCGUCAUCAUGAGAAAAAAAAUCUCGCGCUAACUUCUACUAUCUCAAUUUCACUAGAAAAAACGUGUUUUCUCAUGAUAUAUCUACUUUCUCUUAAAUCUAAGAAAUCUGAAAUUUUCUUGUGAUAAUGCACAUGAAAAAAGUCGUUAUCACAACAUAACAUGCAAAAAAUUAAGUACUUCCAUGCAAAGAAAGGAUAUGAAUCUAAAAAUCUAGACUAACUUUCUGUUAAAACUCAUCCAUAUUCAAUAAAUCGCACUUUAUACAAAUAAUUUAAAAUUUAUAUUUUUAAAAAUCAUAUUCAUUACCGCACACGAGUUCUCAUGUUUGUUUAGAAUAUUUCCCCCAGACCGGGAUCAGAGUAACAUCGUGGGCGCUAGGACCGCGCGUCGCUCCGGGCCUGCUUGUGUCUGCCGCCUGCUCCAUCUCUGCGGUCACCGUGUGCCAGUGGAGGCAGAGCGGGGAGGGAGGACGCCGCUGUCUUCUCCGGGAACAUUUACAUCAGCAUCAUCACAGAUAAACCCCUUCCGCCACAGAUGCUGUCAUCCGGGGGCUCGGAUGACGGGGGGAUCGAGGGACCAGAGAAGACGCGGAGGCUGGGCUGCUUUUCGGGGAGACAGGGAUUGGUUUCCACUGUGAACCUCAGCAGUGGCAGCUGAAAGAGGGGUUUCAUCUUCAGAGACCAAAGCACAAGGCAGACAGCAGCAUCACAACUCUGAUUCAGUUGUUUGACAUCCUUGGAAGUAUGGAGAGACGAGAGGAGGUGUAGGAGUGCUUUUUCCUUAUUCACCGACAGGAUUGUCUUUGGGUGGAUUGUGGUCGAUGGCAGAAAUGUCGAUUCUCCUGAAUGGACAGAACUCGUAGCGCGUGGACGUCUUGGAUCGCAGCACCGUCAUCUGGAGCGCAUCACGACUUUGGAUCUACAUUUCCAGCCGCUGAUUUCCAGCCUGACCUCCUGGCUUUGAAGGAUGGGUGAUGGAGCUGUGACUGAUCCUGCCUGCCUGCCUCACCGCACCCUUCAAUGGAGCCCGUGUGGAACUCCUCCCACACGCCUCCACAGCCCACAUCCAACAUGUCUGCCUCCUUCCAGCCUGAGGGCUGGGCGCUGUCCCAGUCGCUAGCCAUGCUGGCGAUGCUGCUCAUGGAUCUGCUGGCGGUGGUGGGUAAUGUGGCCGUCAUGGCGGUCAUUGCCAAGGCUCCGCAGCUCCACAAGUUUGCCUUUGUUUUCCACCUGUGCGUGGUGGACCUGCUGGCAGCCCUGGUGCUGAUGCCGCUCGGCAUGCUCUCGAGCCGAGCCUUCUUCGGAGAGGCUUUGUGCAGGAGCUACCUCUUUCUCAGUGUGUGCCUGGUCAGCGCUGCCAUUCUGUCCAUCUCUGUCAUCAACGUGGAGCGCUACUACUACGUCAUACACCCCAUGCGCUACGAGGUGAAGAUGACGGUCGGGUUGGUGGCCUCCGUGCUGGUGGGGAUUUGGGUCAAAGCUCUCACCAUGUCCGCCCUGCCUCUGAUCGCUUGGUUCCUCCAAGGUGGGAGAACGCCUCUUUUGGAGAGCGGCGGAGGAAGCGGAGGCGCCGUCCCGCCCCCCCCAGCUCAGGGUCACAGGCGCUGCUCCCUGCACUGGACUGGGGGAGGGUCAAACCGCUUAGCCUUCAUGGUCCUCUUCACGCUGGUGUAUUUCCUGUGUCCUCUGCUGGUCAUUCUGGUCGUGUACUGCAACAUGUUCAAAGUGGCUCGGGUGGCCGCCAUGCACCACGGCCCCCUGCCCACCUGGAUGGACACCCCGCGUCGCCAGCGCUCAGAGUCCCUCAGCAGCCGCUCGACGAUGGUCACCAGCUCCGGGACCGGCUCCGGGACGGACAGAGCGACGCCACACCGCCCCUUCGGCGGAGGAAAGGCAGCAGCCGUGUUGGCAGCUGUAGGCGGGCAGUUCCUCUGCUGCUGGCUGCCGUACUUCACCUUCCACAUGUAUUCGGCUCUGGCCGCCAGCCCACCGGCGGCGCUGGCCUCUCUGGAGGAGGCGGUCACAUGGAUCGGCUACUUCUGCUUCACCUCCAACCCCUUCUUCUACGGCUGCCUCAACAGGCAGAUCCGCGAGGAGCUGGGGAAGCACCUGCCCUGCUUGUUUCGCAGAGCCGGGGUGGAAGUGGAGGACCGGCUGCCCAGCCGGGAAGGAUCCAUAGAGGAGAACUUUCUCCAGUUUCUUCAGGGCACCGGCUGCAACCUCGAUCCGCAGAACUCACGCAGCACUUCCAGUCCAAAGGGGGAGGCCUGCUGCCCCGUGGCUCACUCCCAGCCGCCCGAGCCGGCCCAGCCCAUCCCCAUCGAUUUCCGUAUUCCCGGACAAAUAGCAGAGGAAACGUCAGAGUUUAUUGAAAUCGAACACACAAAAAACAACCACAUAUAUACAGACAAGUAAGUUUUUAUAUACUGACAACACACCUACAGAUAUUUAAGAGUAUCAGGAAUUUUAUUUUCAUCCUUGCUAAAACUGUCAGGUCAGUUCAUUUAUGGGAUUUCCUCUCAGCUUUCAUUGUUCUUGGUCUAAUUACUGAUGAAUAAACCGCACAGCUUAAUGCAAUGUGAUGCGUUUGCUGUAGGGCUGCCACGAUUAGUCGACUAAUCCACGACUAAUCGACUAGUAAAAUAGUCCACGACUAAUUUAAUAGUCGAUUAGUCGUGACUUAGUAUUAUAUGGAGUCGGAGUGUGGUAAAGUGGAAAAGUAUAGUGACAUUCUGAUAGCUUUUUGGGCUAUUUUGGCAUUUAUUAAAGUUUUUUUGGGCUAAUUUGGAGUUUAGCUAAUAUUUCAGCUACAUGCUAGCCAUUUGGGCUAAUUUCGG